UGGUUCAAAACACUGUACCUUAAAUUCAUUGUUACGAUUACAAUGGACCUAGGAGCAAAUCGUACGGCCCGUCGCUUGUCAGUGCAACUGAUUGUACGUACAUGCAGUAUAGGUGAGUGAGCGAAAAAGUGUCUGUGCGUGUGAUUGUAAGGCACAUUCAGUGGCCAAAUUCUGCGUCCUGUCAGGCCGAUGAGCUCCAUUGAAUGUGACUUCUCACCAAAUACGCCGCGUACGAAUGAAUGUGAGGCUUCCACCUACCUAUGAACCUCCUUGUAAUGCGAGUCCUGCUUCGAAGUCGAGCAAGGUGCGGGUGGUUUGAAGCACACGAAGAAGGCAUUUUUUUAAUGAGAAGAGCGUCGUGGUAAGGUGGGGAAGCCCUCUUGAAAAGUCUGGAUUGCGGUGAUGAUGGUGAACGAUGAUGAUGAGAGUGGUGAUGAUGAUGAUAUGGUGGUGGUGGUGGUGGUCAUCGCCAACACCCGCAUCUCUGAAUUUGCAGGGGGCACUCUAAUCAGUCGAAUUCAAACAAUCAAACGAUGAACAUUAGCUCAGCGUCCGAAAAGAUGGAAUUAGCUUCAAAAGACGAUGAUGUGGCCCCGUUAAGUACGGGCAACAACAGGAUCAAGAAAAAGAAGAGUAGUUCAUCAUCAUCGUGGACUGAUAGGCUGGAUAAUAACGCCAAGAACGCCUCGGAUCCCGCAGCCGUAGCCCCUCCCUGUAAUGCCAGAAAGAUGAUCAUAUGCAAUGGGCGCGAAAUUGAUCUCCAGGAGCUGAGAGAAUCCUUGGCCGCGGCUGAGAAGAUUGCUCAAGAUAACCUCGAGGUCAAGUCGCAACCAAAAAAGAAGUCCCUCUCAUCGAGCACAAACAAACCGCAAAUCUUUCCCGCAGCCAACCGAAAAUACAGCACUCAAGGAUCAAAUGCCAUGCAUAACGCUUCCAACAACAACAACAACAACAACAACAACAACAACAACAACAACAGCAUUAUCCCCAACACUAGCAAGAAACCCAAAUCUCCCCAAAAGAAAAAAUCCUCCAAAGGCUCGCUUCUAAAACUGACCAAAAGCUCCGGUGCUAACGGAGGUCCUUUUGUUCCCCCUAAACAACUUCUUCUCUAUCUCGUCAGAAUGGGCAGUUUCACGUCUAUGCCCAAAAUUGCUCCGGCUCCCAAUUCUGACGACCGUGAUCUCGCCUAUCCUGAGGAGCCCGAGGAUCUCGAAACGACUUUAGCCCGUUGUUCUGAGCACUUAGCUGGUCUGCCCGAGCCAAUCGAAAGGUCUUGGAGCCAACCACUCCAAUCAAAAUCCAACGAAGACCAGAAUGCUGACUUUCAAGGUGGCGAGAAAAUCCGAGUCCUUCAAUGGAACGCUCUUUCCCAAGCGCUAGGAACAAAGAACGACAACUUCGUGAAAUGCCCUCCAGAGGCGUUGGAAUGGAAAACCCGUCGAUUCCGCAUGCUCGAAGAGAUUGUCCUCCAUGACGCGGAUGUGAUCUGUUUGCAAGAAGUGGACCAUUUUCGGUUCUUUCUCAAAUCAUUGGCGCCCUUGGGCUACCACGGACAUUUCUUCCCCAAACCAGAUUCACCCUGUCUGUAUCUACCCGAGAAUACCGGUCCCGAUGGAUGUGCCAUUUUCUACAAGACCAAGAAAUUUGACCUGACCAAAGUACACAAUCGCGUUAUUGAAGUGUGGCACGUUGAAAGCAAUCAGGUUGUGAUGUGCACCACACUUCGAUCCCGCACCACUGGCCAAGAGGUCUGCGUGGCCACGACACAUUUGAAGGCUCGCAAUGGAGCACUCUUGUCCACUCUUCGCAAUGAGCAAGGCAAGGAUCUCAUCGAGUUUAUGGCCUCAGAAUCAAGAUCUUGUGGGCCUGCGGGGUCCUUGCCCAGAGCCGUGAUUUGUUGCGGCGAUUUCAAUGCCGAGCCCACAGAGCCCGUCUAUCAAACCAUGACAGAAAAUGACUUGAAACUUCAAUCUGCCUACGCUACAAUCGAUGGAAACGAGCCGAAGUACACGACGUGGAAAAUCCGAGAAGACGGCGAACACAUCCAAACUUUGGAUUACAUGUUCUAUUCAGAAGAUCAACUCCAAGUGAAUGGAUUACUGGAUUUUCCCGAUGGUGAAGCUAUUGGUCAGAAUCGAUUGCCUAGCACUGCAUUCGCCUCCGAUCAUUUCUCCCUGGUAGUGGACUUCACGAUGAAAGCUCACCCCAAGAAGAGAUUCUGCAAAGAAUAGUCUAAAACGAAGGCGGUCAUUUCCAUAUCCUCCUCCUUAUACCCCCCCCCCCUAUCACCCCUCAAAAGCUCCUCAUGAGAGACAUAAAAAUAGCAAAAUUGAUUUUGAUCUUCCUCCUCUGUGUGGGUGGGUGAGGGCCUCAUGGCCUUGUUCAGGGGAGGCCGUCAGAAUCACAUAAAAACACCCAUAACCUGUCAUGAGCUUCUGGAAAUUCAAGGUGACACUCCUCUCUACCUUUUUGGGCCCAUAAUCGCGUAGAUGGAUUAUUGGCUUUGGAAGUGGGGAUCGUCGUUUUGGGCAUUAUAAGCUAUACCACAGUGUUGUCUAUUGUCGUUGUCUAUCAGAAAAAUGACAGACUUAUCGCAGAGGAUGAUGAUGAUGAUGAUUAACGGUUGAUGCUGCUGCACAUGACACUGAGCAACAUCAUUCCGAUCUGCAUUUAUCUUAAGGAAACUCAACACUGUUAUCAUCAUAGCUUAAGAAACUGAAAGAAGAUAAUUCGAUGAACCACCACCUUGUUUGUGAACAGCACCUCAAUUGGAGUUAAAGAAGUACUGCUUGUUUUUUUAAAUUAAGAAACUACGCUUUAAAAUCUUGUCGGUCCAAACGGUAAAGUGAAACAAAUUGGUUUGGAAACGGUAUUGAUUAAUGCCGACUUUUUAUUCUUGAUUAGUAAAGAAAGUGCUGGUUGAAGUGCUGUGGUCUAAAUUUUGUAACACCAUUGUAGUUGUCAGUAGGUCUACUUUUCAAAUCAGUCCCGAAUGGUCAAGAUCUUCAGUAUUUAUACAUAUUUAUUUGUAUAGUUAUUGAUGACUCGUUCUUUAUGAAAAUAAAAACCUAUCGUGAAUAACAUG